UCUCCUAUUAAAUACAGAGCAGUACGGCGCUUCCUACUUCUGGAACCAUUUGUCUAAGCGAGCUGACUCUACAACGAGAGAUUGAAGGAAAAACAACAUCAUGACAAGCAACAAAUACGACGUAAUUGUUAUUGGCGGAGGCAUCUCAGGUCUGACAGGGGCCAAGCUGCUGGUUGAAUCUGGCCUGAACGUACUGGUGCUGGAGGCGCGAGACCGGGUAGGAGGAAGGACCUUCACUGUCAGAAAUAAACACUGCAAGUAUGUUGACCUCGGAGGAGCAUACGUGGGCCCCACUCAGAACCGCAUCCUGCGUAUUGCCAAGGAAAUGGGCAUUGAGACGUACAAGAUCAACGAGGUGGAGAACCUGGUCCACUACGUGAAGGGAAAAUCUUAUCCCUUCAAGGGACCUUUUCCUCCCAUGUGGAAUCCAUUUGUUGUAAUGGAUUUCAACAACCUCUGGAGAAAGAUGGAUGAAAUGGGAAAGGAGAUCCCAAGAGAAGCGCCGUGGAAAGCACCACAUGCAGAAGAGUGGGAUAAAAUGACCAUGAAGGAACUCUUCAACAAACUCUGCUGGACAAGAACGGCCCGGCAGUUUGCCAACCUGUUUGUGAAUGUGAACGUCACCUCUGAGCCUCAUGAAGUCUCAGCUCUCUGGUUCCUGUGGUACGUCAAACAGUGCGGAGGAACCACAAGGAUAUUCUCCACUACCGACGGGGGGCAGGAGAGGAAGUUUGUGGGCGGCUCAAGUCAAGUGAGUGAGCGGUUGAUGGACCGCCUCGGGGACCGAGUGAAGCUGGAGAGGCCGGUGUGCAGCAUCGACCAGAGUGGGGACAACGUGGUGGUGGAGACCCUGAACCACGAGAAAUAUGAGGCAAAAUACGUCAUCAUUGCCACAGCUCCAGCACUGAACCUGAAGAUGCACUUUAACCCCCCAAUGCCGCCCCUGAGAAACCAGUUGAUCCAUCGCGUCCCCACCGGCUCUGUCAUCAAGUGCAUGGUCUACUACAGAGAGGCUUUCUGGAAGAAAAAGGGUUACUGUGGCAGCAUGGUGAUUGAGGAGAAAGAAGCCCCAAUUAGCCUGACACUGGACGACACCAAGCCUGACGGCUCUGCCCCCGCAAUCAUGGGUUUCAUUCUCGCUAGCAAGGCCAGAAGGUUGGCGAGUUUGACCAAAGAAGAAAGGCUGAGCAGGAUUUGUGAAAUUUACUCCAGAGUCCUUGGGUCUGAAGAAGCAUUGCAUCCUGUGCACUACGAGGAGAAGAACUGGUGCGAGGAGGAAUACUCUGGGGGCUGCUACACUGCAUACUUCCCUCCGGGCAUCAUGACACAGUAUGGAAAAGUCCUUCGGCAGCCGGUGGGCAAGCUGUACUUCGCUGGGACUGAGACAUCCACAGAAUGGAGCGGCUACAUGGAGGGGGCAGUGCAGGCUGGGGAGAGAGCAGCCAGGGAGAUUCUCUGUACUAUGGGGCUGAUCUCUGAAAGUGACAUCUGGAAGCCUGAGCCAGAGUCAGUGGAUGUCCCAGCACGACCCGUCACCUCAACGUUUUGGCAGAGGAACUUGCCGUCCAUCCCAGGCUUGUUGAAAGUGAUUGGGUGGUCUACGUUCCUGACCUCUGCCACAGCUGUGGGCCUUAUGGCUUACAAAAAGGGUCUCCUCACCCGAAGCUAAGUCAAAAAGACUUGGUUUGGAGGCUUCCACAAAAUGUCUUUACCGUUUGCCUUUUCUGUUUCUGUCACUCUCACUGUGUCCCCAUUUUCUCCAUAAUGUUUUGGGAAAUUUAAACUACUUUUAUUUUGUUUAAAUCAAAGCCUCACAUUUUACCACCUCAUUGUUUUAAAGAAAACUAGUUGAAUUUUAAAGUUUGUUUAGUCACGUCAGUUAGAUUGAACUUAACCUCCUUGAAAUCAAACUAACGCAGUCAGAAAACCAUUCUUCCUCUUUUAUUCAGUAGAAAGCAGGAUCUAACUCGGACAACAGAAUAAGGAUAGAUUCAAAUUGCUGCUAUCCAUCUUGGAAAAUGGUUAGAUGCUAGAUCUGCAGUAUUUACUGUUAAUUUAAUGGUUUCCACAAUCCCUGCCUUGGCUUUGAGCUGUUAUUUAACAUGGGAUCAGAUGCAGAAAUGUCAUUGUUAAGUUUCAUUAUUUUGUCAAGUAAUACUACUUUGACUAAGGAUUUUUAGAAGAAUGCAUUGAUUCAUACAUUAUGGUGUGGGGGUUUGUACAUUGAUUUUUGUUUCAUGAAGGUGUGAGAGUAAGCACUGCAGCUGCUUCCAUAUCUAUACAAAUAUAGAAUGUUAUCACUUUUUAAUUAAUUUAUAAUGUAUUGGGCUUCAUUUACACAUCACAAAAGUGUUGUUCCAAGCUAACUUUCUGUCUAGUACUGUGUACCCAACAGCUUGAAUUAGACCAGUGGUUCUUAGCUGUGGCUCUUUCAGACCCUUCCAAGCCACGACCUUGUUCCGGAAGUACUUAAUUGGACGCGUAGGUUAAUUUUAAACAAUUAAAUGCCUUAAUUGAACUAGGCUCUGGAUUGUUUAAUUCAGUAAUUAAGGAGAUGAUUGGAACAUUGGACUGGAUUGAAAGAGUCACAAGGGAGUGCCACCAAAUUAGACCAUUAUGAAUGUAUUCCUUGAACACUCAAGUUGCUUUCUGAAGUUUACCCUCUAUUAAUCUGCAGCUGCAACAUCAUUGUCUGUUUGUUGUUAUGUAAUUAAGAUGAGUAAUUAGGCUUCAUUACAUUUCUCAUUAAAAUACUUAAUGUCAGUAGAAUGUCUCCUAAAAGUCUUUUCAGCAUUAAGUAACUUUACAGAAAGAUACCCCUAGAAUAAGUGGUUUUAAUUGUUUCAGUGUCUUCAACUGAAAAAACAAAUACAAAUGAGUUUCCUGGGCUGCUGUUUUGAGUGGAGUCGUCAUCUUUCCUAGACCUGCAUAGUAAAGGGUUAAAGUCUCACAAGCUCAUCACUAGUCCGAAGGCAAUUCAUUAUAAGUUUGGGCUUAUAAAGGGAAUGGAUAUUCUCUCCUACAAAGCAGAGAAACAAAAUAGUAUUUCGUAUAAUUUAAUUUUUUUAUUAUUUGUUUUCAUGAACUUGAUCAGUAACAAUAAUACUAAAAGCAUAGUUUCUUACUCAGUAUUUACUUUCUAAAAUCAUGGGAAUAUAGUUUAAGCUAUAUAGCUAUAAAUACAAUUAAAGAUGUAUUGACAAAGUGGAAAAAUCGGUUCAUCACCUAGGAAUUAUGUAAAAUACAGUUUUUUCAAUUGAAAUAUUCAUUGCAUAGGAAUUGGAAUAUUUUUCCCUCAAUACUAAUCACUAGCUUUUAAUUAUUUUUUUUUAAAUCAUCAGAAAAAAUCCCACAAAUACAAUUUGCAGCACCACCUUCUUUUAUGGGGUAUAACCAAACCGCCUAUUGAAUGACUCCAACGUCAUUCUUGCAUUAAGAAAAAAGUAGGACCAUGUGCAAUGGCAGCUUUUUACACACUUGGCAGCUACCCAUCUACCAUUUUACAUGGAAUUGUUUUUUAUAUGUUAAUAUAAAUACAACAUCUAAUCAAGUGUCUAGACAGGGUCUUCUGGUUUUCAUUUCAUUUAAUUGUUACCAUUCACUUAAUGGAACCAAUUAUUGGCUUAAUUGGUCAAGAUGAACAUGUGUUCCAGAUCUUUAGCCAUUGGUGACAUAGACACCCAGAAAACCUCCAGGGUUGUGGCUCUCCAGGAUCAGGGUUAGAGAUCCCUGCUCUAUGGUAACAACAAUGUAGUGCUUUUAUUAGACGCAAUCACUUUAGGGUUUGGCUAUUGGAUUUGUGGAAUGUCACAAAUUGAAAGGGGGUGGGUGAAGACUAUCCUUUUCUUUUUUAAUGUUCCCAUUUUACAGUAAAGUACUCUCACAGGGUUAUAUCUAGAAAAUGUCUCUGUUGUAAGUCAUCAUGUAACCAUAAGUAAGUCAUACUCCACUGUUAACUCACAGGUACAAUAUCGUAUCUGACAUGUCCGGGAAAGUAAGUCAUACACUUAGUCGUUGCAGUUGUUUGUAGCACAGAAACCUUGUUUUCAGCAACACAUGACUAAUAGGUGCACUGACUGCUCUUCACUUUGUGGCAGGGGAGAUUCACUGCUGUACAAAUCUGAAGGGCAUCAGCAUUUUAGUUAGAUAAAUGUCCUUUUAAUAUAAUUAGGGCUUCUGAUUUUCAGUUUUAACAGAUAAAACACCCCCGAUACCAAAUAAAUGAACUCGGUGGAUAGCCAAUAAACACCGGAAAACACCUGAAAAACUGUGGAAAUGGUUAAUCAAUUCACGUUGACUUUACCCUUUUUCUAUUAAAAAAUAAAACCUACUACAAAAAUAUUAAUACAUAUAUUUCCCAAUGCUGCUGGACAAUGUCCCGCCUUCGUGACUUGCAUCUAUCAUUGAUUCGUUCUGAAUAAUUUAAACCCGCCCCAACUACUGAAUGACAGCACAUUCCUACAUUUCUAUUGGAGACUCCGCUUGUGAGAUUUAAAACGAGAUUACAACCAUGAUGGAGGCUUGUUAGCAGGAUUUAAAGCUGUAUUACAGUUAAAAUACGGAGGAUUUAAAACAGAAUUGUGGCGAAAUGUACAAAAAUGCCUACACACAAAACCCCCAGAAGAAUGUGCCUGUGACCAUGAGGAUUUAAUUGUGGAAGACAGCAAAGGAAAGAAGGUACUAUUUAAGUGUGCAAGUACUGUCGAUUUACUACACAUAUUUUGACAGAAAAGAAAAAACACUCAAGCAUUUUGGAAAGUAACCAGAAACACUCAUUUUAUACAGUAUAUAAAAAAAACAAAAGCCCCGAAAAAAAGAUUUAUAUAAAACUCGAAAAUAGUUAAAAAUAAGCACCGAAAAAUACAAUUAAUAAAACCCAAAAAACAGAAGCCCUAAAUAUAAUCAACAUAGAAAGGAUGGAUGUCAAGCCCUGAAAUAUUGAUUAAAGAUCAAUAUAUGAAUACUCCUGUAACACGUGAACCUCAAAACUUGUGUACGACAUGAAGUUUGGGUAACAGACAAUUAUUAUUAUUAUUAUUAUUAUUAGUAUUAUUAUUAAUUUGUCUGAUACCUUUAUCCAAGGUAACUUACAAGUGUUACAGAGCAGUAAAGGGUUAUGCAAGGUUAAUAUUUAAAUACAGUGUAGUUUACAGUAAGUGCAAAUAAUACAACUGAAAUACAAUAUGAACUAGGAUGCAACAAGUUAGGAUUACAAGAAGUUAUAUCUACAAUGACAUAGUAGUUCAAGGAUAGCGCAUUAGCUGAGGAUCCAGUAAUGUGGUGCUUAGGUCUGGCAAGUCCAGUGCAUAGUAGGAGGGGUAGAUCAAGAGAUCUACAAGUGCAGUCUAAACAGGUGGGUCUUGAGGAGACGGCGGAAGGCGGUGAGAGACGGAGCAGUCCUGAAGUUCUCCAGUAGCUGGUUCCCCCACAGAGGGGCUAUGGAAGAGAAGGAGCGGUCAUGGCAGGAUGUAGAAUGGAGGGAAGGCAUUACCGGCCUGUAGAGGAGGAGCAGAGAGGGCAAAAGGAGGUGUAGGGAGACAUGAGGGAAGUAAGAGGGGUGAAGAGAGCAGCAGGUAAGAACAAGGGUCUCGAGCUGAAUGCGAGUAGAAAUAGGUAGCCAGUGGAGGGUACAAAGCAGAGGAGUAGCAUAAGAGUAGCGAGGUUGGGACAAUACAAAUGCAUUUAAGAUGUCCUCUCAUUUGGCUUGGGGGUGGAACUUUAUUUGAAAUAUUCUAACUAAACCUCCUAAGUCUGCUUAAAAUGUUUCUUCAAAAAAUUGUUUUUCAGGAAUAUAACAUUUGCCCUUUCAGACACAGACACAAACUGUAGGGUAAAAGGUAGUACCCCAAACUUCACUUUGUACACUUGUGCUUUAUUGUAUGCCGUGGAUAACUUUCAGACUUUAUGUUCAGUAGUAAAGUCUUGAUUACUGCUGUGUACGGCAACCGACACGUAACACAAAGGUUGAUGUGUAGAAAAUAGAAUAUAUAUUUGGAUGCUAAAUAGAUUCUGUGUCACUGUUCCAAAAAUAUAUUGUGAGUUUUGUCUGUAUUUGACCUUGUGCCUUACUCGAAUUGUGGUGUUAUUAUUUCUCAAGUGCCUCUGUGAUUGUGACUGUAUUGGUUUAUUCUCCGUCACCUUUCUUUUCUCUUGUUAAGAUGUGUCACUAGCACGGGUUAAGAAAUACCUCCAGUGGGUGGUCUGCCAGCACCUCAGGCUAGUCUUCAGUACAGUUUUUUAAAUUGAUUCUUCCUGGUCCCGCGCUUCUGCACAGUGGAGGAACUAUUGGCGAGUUGACAGCUUUGAUUGGACAAUCCAAGGAUUUGUGGAAUUUUUUUAUUCAUGUGCAGUUGGUCAUCCAAGCAGCACCAAGCACAUACAGAGGCAAAGUUGCAGCUUUUAAGCUGUCAUCACCACUACAUUUGGAGAAAAUAAAACACAGAACACGUGCAAGGCAAUGACAAACUAUGAGAAAUUAGAUGGUCGGAUUAAACAACUGAAUCUGUGAAUGCGCCAGCCUCUACCACUCCUAUGUGCUUAAGUUAAGUUUGUUUGCCUUGUGCACACCCUACUUUUUAACAGCAUCUUGUAAAAAGCUAAAAAUGGAUCUUAGAGAAGCAGUUAGUAAACACCACUGACAAGCUGCAACUCAUUGAAGGAUUUUUUUAACCCCUGUAGUGUUUUUGGAAGUUUUAAAAUAGUCAACUGUGAAUUUUUUGAAAUACCAAUAAAGAAAAAUUAAUGCACUAA